AUGCCCUUAGCGGCAAAUGGGUUCCUUAGAGCUGGGGCAGUGGUUGCAGCUCUGCCUUUUCGCAGCUGGAGGGGUAUUGCGGCAGCAGCUAAUGCAGCAGAAGUAGCAGGAGCAGCAGCAGUGCGUUCUUCUAGUAGCAGCCCCUGCUAUGUCUGGUACCCUGCUGCUGUUGCUGCUGUUUGCAGCGGUGGCUGCUGCUUCCGCCCAGUCGCUCGCCAUUUCUACAGCAGCCGCGUUUUGUCCUCUGCAGGACCCCCAGAAACUCUGAGCACUCUGCCAUCAGCAGCAGCAGCAGCGGAAUCAGGAGCAACAGCAGCAGCAGGGGAAUCAGCAGCAGCAGCCGCGGCAGAGGUAUGUUUUCCCGUGACUCCUCGCUGCAUUAGUGUGGUGCGGGGACCGCAGGCAUUUUACUCCGCCGUGUUGUCUUUGAUUUCUUCGGCUCAGCGGCGGCUGUUGCUGGCGGCGCUGUACGUGGGCACGGGACCUAAAGAAAGGCAUAUGCUGCACCUGCUGCAGCAACGUGUGCAGCAGCAGCAGCAACAGCAGCUGGAGGUGCGUGUGCUGCUGGAUUUGCUGCGCACGACGAGGCCAGAAGGAGCUGAAGGAGAGAGUCCUGCAAGGCUGCUGCAGCCGCUGGUGUCAGCUGAUGGGCAGCAGCAACAACCCCUGAGUAGCAGCAGCAGCAGCAGCAGCAGCAACAGCAACAGCUGCCGUGUGUCUCUCUUCUGCAACCCUCUAACCUGCAGCAACAUAAGCAGCAGCAGCAGCAGCAGGGGCGGUUGGGUGUGGGGUUUGUUGCGGAGUCUGCUGCUGCGUGGGCUAGGCCACCGGGCCCAGGAGGCCUUCGGUACGCAGCACAUGAAGUGUAUUGUCAGCGACGACCUGCUGCUGCUGACGGGGGCGAACUGCAGCAGCAACUACUUCAGCAACAGAACAGACAGAUGUCUGCUGCUGCGCUCUAGACAGCUUGCAGACGCAGCAGAUCGCAUCCUUGCUGCUGCAGAGGCCCAUUCCUUCCGGCUGCUCCCGUGCCAUCAGCAGCAACGCCACCAGCAACAGCGGCAGCAGCAGCAGCAGCAGCACAAACUGCAGCAGCAGGAGUUCACAAUAAAGUUUGGGGGGGCCUUUUGCUGUUGGCCGGCGACGAACCCUUCGGCCCCGCCACAACUCAAUCCGCAGCAAUUCUGUGCCAGCCUCUCAGAGGCACUUGCUGCAGCCAUCAAAUGCAGCAGCAGCAGCAACAGCAGCAGCAGCAACAACACUAACAACAACACAAACAACAACAACAACAACAACAACAACAACAACAACAACAACAACAACAACAACAACAACAGGGGAAGUGACAAGAGCCACAGCGGAAGCAACAGAAGGAGCUGCAACAGCGCCAACGGCAACAGCAAUAACAGCAGCACCAUAUGCAGCAACAACGACAUCCAAACCAGCAGCAGCAAUGACCUCAGCUGCAGCAGCAGCAGCAGCAGCAGCAGCAGCAGCAACGGUGAGCUGUGUCUGGUUACUCUCUCGGUGCAGGCGGGUUUUGCCCGCCCCCCAAUCAGGGGCCAAGAGCUGCUGCUGGAACGGCUGUGUGCAGUUGCUGUUAACUCGAUUGCUGCUGCGGCUGCUGCGGGUGAGGGUGCAGCAGCAGGAACAGCAUCAGAAGCAGGAGGGGGCAUCGUAGCAGCCCCUGGAGGUCUGCAGGUGGUCGUUGCAUCUCCAUACCUCAAUUUUCCCGCUACAUUCCUGCGGCGGCUGCAGCAGCUGCUGCAGACAAUGCGCAACGCCUCAGUGUCUGCUGCUCUAGCACAUCGCAGAAGCAGAAGCAACAACAAGAACAACAGCAGCAACAGCAGGGGGGAUUCUCGUCUGCUGGUGAUAACUGCCUCUCCUGAGGCGAAUAGCUUUUUCAAUUCCCGCGGUCUUUCUUUUUAUAUUCCUGCUGCUUACAGCGUUGCUGCGCAUACAGCUGCUGUGGCCCUUCAGGCCCCUACUGCAGCACCAGCUGCAGCAGCAGCAGGGCAGAAAGCAACUCCAGCAGCCUGUGUGGACGCUACUGCUGCUGCAGACGCAGCAGAAGGUAGAGGUGCCGUUCGAUGCGUGCAGCAGCAAGAACAGCAAGAGCUGCAUCAGCCAGAAGAGAGUUUGUUGCUUCUCGAGUUCGCGCGGCCCGGCUGGACGUAUCAUGCCAAGGGUAUUUGGCUGUUUGGAAGCAGCAGCAGCAGCAACAGCAGCAGCAACAGAAGCAGUAAUGUUGGCUCAGCAUGCGCAUCUCCCGCUGUUUUGCACAGCACUCAUGCAUUGCUGCAGAGCAGCCUCACGAGCCACCCUGCCAGCAGCAGCAGCAGCAACAGCACCAGCAGCAGCAGGAAGAAGGGUUGGAGGGCGAUGAGUUUAUUAGGGAGUUCGAAUUUGAGUGUGCGUUCGAGUCUACGCGACUUGGAGCUGCUGUGUCUGCUGCAGACUGACGACGAGCAGCUGCAGCAGCAGCUGCAGCAGGAGGUGUACGAAGAGCUGCUGCCUUUCUGCAUGCAGUCCAACUCUGAUGCCUUCAGCAGCAGAUUUCCCCGUUGGCUGCAGUUCGCAGUGAACCGACUGGGGAUCCGCUCCUUUCUUUAA